AAAAUAUCUCGGGCCAUCAACUUCAACUUCCGAAGCGCUGCUUCGACCAAUUGCCGGGUGCAAUGGCAAUGGAGUAUGCAAAGGCAGCCUCGGCUCGUCGCCUGCUGCGAUGGCAGUCGGCAUUGACCCGGCCACGGAGCUGGGUAUGUAGUUCCUGCCGGAACAAUCUCGCCGUCGCAUCGCAGUGCUUCUCAUCGGGGUCGUCGCCGGCAGCCCGGAAGCCCUACUACAUCACGACGCCCAUUUUCUACGUCAAUGCCGCGCCACAUCUCGGGCACAUGUACUCGAUGGUGCUGGCCGACGUCUUCAAGCGAUGGCAGACGCUGCUAGGGAACCGGGCAAUCCUGUGCACCGGCACCGACGAGCACGGCAUGAAGGUGCAGCAGGCGGCUGCCAACCAUGGUAUGGAACCAAAGCAGUUCUGCGACGAGAAUGCCGAGAGGUUCGAGGAGCUAGCCCAGCUGUCCCGCAUCGACUACGACCGCUUCAUCCGCACAACCGACCCCGACCACGUCCAAGCUGUUGAGUACUUCUGGUCUCUGCUGCGGGAUAAGGGGCUUAUCUACGAGACUAAGCACCAGGGAUGGUACAGCGUGAGCGAUGAAUGCUUCUACCCGGAGUCACAGCUCGUCAAGCAUGUGGAGCCGUUCACGGGCGCCGUGUACAUGGCGUCCGCCGAGACCAAGAACAAGGUCGAAUGGGUCGAGGAGAAGAACUACUGUUUCCGCAUGACGGCGCUCAAGGACAGGCUCCUUGACUUCUAUGAGAAGAAUCCUGGGUGGGUGGAGCCCGCUUACCGCAUGAACGAGGUCGUCGAUUGGGUCAAGAACCAUUUAUCCGAUCUCUCCAUCUCGCGGCCCUUCCAGCGCCUCAGCUGGGGCAUCCCAGUUCCCGACGAUCCGAAUCAGACCAUCUACGUCUGGGUUGACGCCCUGAUCAACUACAUCACGGCCGCCGGGUUCCCUGCUUGGACGCCCGGUGAGCGGCAGAAGGGCGGCUGGCCAGCUGAUGUCCAGGUGAUCGGUAAAGAUAUCCUCCGGUUCCACUGCGUUUACUGGCCGGCACUGCUCAUGGCCUUGGACAUGCCCUUGCCUAAGAAGAUGCUCAUCCAUUCGCACUGGACCUUGAACAAGAAGAAGAUGUCCAAAUCGCUAGGCAACGUGGUCAACCCACUCUACGCCAUCAACCGCUGGGGCGCCGACACGGUGCGCUUCUAUCUCUUGUUUGAGGGCGGCAUUGCCGACGACGCCGACUACAACAACGACACCCUCGUAACAAAGUACAAGAAAUAUCUCCAGUGGGGCUUCGGCAAUCUGCUCGGCCGGCUCACCAGGCCUAAACUCUGGAACGUGCAGCAAAUAGUGGCGAGCUCCUUCUCCUUCAGCGAAGACACUGCGCCACGGACCCAGAUGUCCGAUGUGCUGAAACAGACUAUGGCAGGCUUUGAGGAAGCCCUGGGAAGUCUUGCACCUACAGUGGCGUGGCUUAUGGAUCAACACAACCCCGUCGCCUCUAUCCGCGAGAUCAUGCAGAUUGGUGGACAGCUGAACGAGUUCCUAACACAAACGCAACCGUGGUCCCUAGUGAAAUCGGAAACCCCGGCAGAUAAAGUGGCUGCCGAGAAGGUCUUGUUCCUGGUAGCCGAGGGGUUGCGAAUCUCGGGCAUUCUCCUCCAGCCAUUCCUGCCCGACAAGUCGGCCAGGAUGCUUGAUAUUCUAGGGGUCUCGGAGGACAAGCGAACAUUUGACCAUGCUGUGUUACGCUGCGACCCAAGCUACGGCGCCCCCAUCGUGGAUCCUGGACGUACCCGUACCGAUGCCCUCUUCCCUCCCUUGAUCGAGGAUAUGGACGUCGAAUUCAGCGGAAGCGUCAAGAACAGGAAGAAAGCAACGACGAAGCAAGAGAUUUUGCAGACAGAGAACUGAUCUCUUGCUGCCGCCUGCCCGCCCGCGAGGUCUUACUCGAAACGCGGAGAGUUGGGAGUAUUGUGUGACCUGGGCGGCGUGCUGUACAUUAUACCGGUUCUGGGACUGAGAUACCCCUGUCACUAUAUUGUACAAUAAUAGAGCAGCUUGGAUCAGAGCCGCGCGGCUUGGGAGGGCAGAUCGCUUGUUUGAUGAAGACUAGCGGAGCUCGCUUCGAAAAUAGCAUAACCCCGCUAUCUUACGCAAAAGCUGUUUUCAUUGCAUACAAGGAAAACAGUCUCUCAGGCCACGCACUCACUCGCCA